UUAAGACUAUUGUAAGGUGAAUACUAAAACUAGUAGUAAUGGAGCCUUUCGCCAAGCUGGCAGAGAAUGAGACUGCUCAGUUACAGAGAGCAGUAUUUGCCCAGUAUAUUAUGAUGAAAAAAUUAUUCAUGGAGCUAGAAGAGGAAAGGGAGGCUUCAUCAAGUGCUGCAAGCGCUGCCCUGUCAAUGAUUAGAAAACUUCAGAAAGAAAAGGAGGCAGAGAGAAUGGAAGCAUGUCAGUACAGAAGAAUGGCUGAAGAAAGGAUGAAUCAUAGUGACAAAGCCCUGGAGGUCGUGAAGGAAGUCAUGCAGCACAAGGAACUGGAGAUCUAUUAUCUCAGGAGCCAACUGCAGGUGUAUAAACAAAGGUUACUGGGUGUUGGUAUUGAUGAUUGUGAUAUUGCAGACGAGACGAUAACAAAAAAUAUACCUUUGUUUGGAAGCAGAGAUGUAGAGAAUCUUUGUUAUACCAUCAAAAGGAAUUUCUCUCUUCCAACUUUUCAGUUGAGUAAACGUUUUGCUGAAAUGGACAUGAACAAAAACAACGGAUCGGUUGCGUCAGCGAGGAGCAGGCUAGGUGUUUACAUGCACAACUCUAGUGAAAAUGAACUGGAACAAGUUUCCAGCGACCUGAAAGCCAUAGGUUCCAAGGAAAGCUUAGCAGCAGAUAUGGACAGUACUGAAAAGCAUGGGGAAGAACCAAAACCUUCAAGCAACAGUGGUACUGAACACUCUUGUCCAUCCGAAGGGUCUUCUCGUUCUUCCCCCUUCUUAAUGGCGGGGCACCACACAGAUAUAUGCAGUCAAAUUGUAACACCGGUUGGCAAAGAUGUCCAAGACACGCUACAUGCUGAUCCACUCGGGUCACUGCGUCCAGACAAUGAAAUGGAUAACACUGUAGCUCAUCAUAUAGGUCAUGCUGACACACUAAAGCAUCCAGAACUAAUCAAGGCGCCGGCAGAAUACUCAUGUACUCCUACUAAACAUAGCAUCAGCACAAAGGAAUCUGAAACGCCUCACGCGGUUGCUCUAAGAGAUAAAGGGUCCCAUGUUCUUUCGAAGUUUUCAGCGACGCGAAAAGUUGGCUCCAUGAAUAACGUUGACAGACAUGUCCGUGUAGCUGCGGCGAGUUCUACGCCACGAGCUGGAGUCGAGAGAACAAGAUCAAGGCUGAAGCGUGUUCAGAGUGAAAAGAUGAUUGAGCUAAAUGAUCCUAAGAAGAACAAGGAGCAGAUCAUAAUGCUCAAGGAGGUAUACGAGCAGCUUAACAUGAUAGAAGCACACAUGAGACCUUCCGCUUCACAGGAGACCCCUAGAAAUGACCAGUCGUUGGACUCUGUUAUGGAGAACGGCAAGUGA